AAGCUAGUAAUGAUAAGAGCACACAUACUUCCCUGUCAUUAGGAUUCAGGAUAGUGCGAAACAAAAGUGUGAGAAAAUACAAAGAGAAGAUACUGGAGAAUUGCUGUCCUUUUCUUCCUUAUCAUUCCACUACUACAAGUUUUUUAUUUAUUGAUGGUUUCAUGGAGCUCCACUACCAAAUUUGCGCACUAUCUAUAACAAUCACUAGAUCUAGUGAUUAACCCAACUAAUCCUUGUCGAUCUGCCAUUUGACAAGAGUAUGAAAGCAAUAUUCAUAUCCUAUCCGAACUCAUUUAGUCAUUUAGAAAACUUCAAACUCAUGUCUACUUACCUAUGUCCUACAAAUAAUUAUAGAAUUUACUUGGAUUUGAGUAAAAAUACCCAUGAGUGAGUAAUAGGUGCCCCUACUUUUAGAUGAAAAUUAAGAACAAGUUUCAAAGUCGAAUUGCGACCAAUUUGCUAAUGAUUGUUUAGUUGGAUACAGUGAGAGUAUGAAACGCAUCAUAUGACUCUCGAUCGAUUGUUUAUGAAAACAAUGAUUGUGAAUUAUUUGAAUAUUAUUAAUUUUAGUUAAUUUAUUCAAUAAUUAAAUAUUUAUUUAUUUGUAUUAUGAAAAGGGGACGUCGAUACCUUCGAAUUCUGCCUCUGCCACUGUGUAUCACCCAACUCAAAUAUCCGGCUAAAUUACACAUUUGGUCACUCAAAUUACGUAAUUCUUUCACGUUUGUCACCCAAAUUACUUUUCUUUCAUAUUAGCCACUAACUUUAUGAUUUGUUUCACCGUUAGUCACCAACCGUCAGUCUCCAUUAAACUCCGUUAACACCAUGAGUUAUCUGAUGACAUGGCAAAAGAGAGUGCUGAGUGGACUGACAAAAAGCUAAGUCACACAAGUUGACCGUCUAGUCAACAUCAAUACCCAACCCAUCUUCCUCCUUCCUUUCCCCAACCCAGAUUUCCAAUCUAAGAGACGCGUCCCCUAUUCUACCGCCGCCGUUGCCUUGCCACCAUAGAACCCGACGCAUCCUCUCCUCUCACACUCGAUUGCCUCCAUUACUAGUAAAACCUAUCCCUUUCCAUAUCCCUAUCCCUAAUCCAUCACUUCGAAAGAUAAAUCCCCAAAAUUGGCAGAAGGAGAACGGUGGCGAAAAGCACCACAAGUGGCGAAUUACCUUAGUGAGGAGUUCACCCUCGAUUCCGCCGCCGUCUUAUUGCGACCCCCUUUCCCACCUGGCUCCGACCCUCAUUGGAAUCGCCGGCCAAAUCUGAGAGCUCUGGUUUCUUCCUCUCUCGAUUGGAGGCGGCUUCAGAGGGAAGGGGAACUGUAAGUUAAGCGACGAGGCGAGGGGAAUCGAAAGCGGCGCCACCGUGAUUUCCGUCGUUAUACAGGGGAAUUGAAGGCGGCGGAGCAGUCUGAAAAUGCAGAGUCGACCUAUCUAAGUUGUUCUUGACUACAACGCGGAGUCGAAUUCGAUUUGGAGUCGACCAAACGCCGAUUUGGGAGUUCUGGGUAGAAGAAAAGACCAUUGUGGCUCGAACUGUAGGCCUGAACUGCUCCCACCGGCGGAACCCAAGCUUUGAGUUAGGCGAAGCUAUUCAAUCUUGUCGUUGUUCCGAUUUGGAUUUUUUGGGCGAACUGGAUAAUUAGAUUGAAUUGUUGGUGGCGAUGAAGAUUAUGUUGGCGACGAUGAUCAUUUGGGGCGAAGAUGGAUAAUGGUGGGAUGAUUAUUAUAUUAUUGUUUGACUAUUGAUUAUUGAUUCUUGUUGCCGAUGAUGAUUACUGGUGGUGGCAGUGGAUUAUGUUGUUGUUGUUGUUGUUUUGUUUUUACUUGGACAAAUUGGAGAGGACGCGUGGGUGAGGCUCGGUGAGAAUGAAUGGUAAAUUAUUAUUUUUUAAUUUACAUGUCAUUAAGUUAACGGUACAGUCAACAAUUCCGUUUGCCACGUCAUUAAAAAAUUAACGGAGCUAAUGGAAUCUGACGGCUGUUGACUAACGGUGAAACGAAUCGUAAAGUUAGUGGCUAAUAUGAAAGAAAAGUAAUUCAAGUGGCAAACGUGAAAGAUUUAUAUAAUUUGGGUGACCAAACAUAUAAUUUAGCCUUUUAUAUCCAAAAUUGAAUCCGGUUGAGUUCGAUUUGAGUGUAUUCUGGGCCGAACCGGCCCACCUCAGCAAAUCCGUGGGGGAGAGAGAGAGAGGAAACAAAUUCGCCGCAACGUCACCACUUUCGUCAUUUCUCGCAUCGAGAGUGGAAAUAGAAAUACACAGAACUUGCGGCAAACGAAACGAAUCGCCUCUUCCACCACCGCGCAGUCACUCUUCCCACAUAUUCAUUCCCCUUUUCCUGCCUCGUUCGAGCUUCGUUCGUUUCAACGGGGAGACCGUUUGGCGAGUCGGAAAGCGCGCGGGAAAAAGGAGAAGAAAGAGGAGAGCAAAACGAAGGAAAGGAAGGAAAAAUGGUGCUGUGGGAGAUCACGCUAGCGACGGCUUACUUCUUGGGGCUGAAACGGACCUACAGGCUCGCUCUCAAGCUACAACGCAAGGCCGUUAGCCCUAAGCAUCCUAAGAUCCGCGAGUUUCUCCACAGGUGCGUCUGAGCGGCUUCUCUAAUCUCUCACUCACUUUAUGCGCAUUCAGUCUCUCGCCGCAUUGCAUCGAUUGAGUCUGUUGUUUCUUCGAUGUUCGGUCGAUCAAUUAGUUCGAUUUUUUUUCCCGCAAUCUUGUGAUAAAUCGUUGAGAAGUCGUCGUUGGAUGCUUGAAUCGCGACUAAGUUGAUAAAUAGAUUAGGUUGUGAAUUGUUUCUGAUAGAGAACUUUUUGCUUGACAAACGAUUGAUUGGAUGAAGAAGGGGGAAGAACUAGAGAAUAGGGAAUGCAGUUGCGGAAACUUGGCGGCGAAAAGAGUUUGCAGGACAUUAUUCAAAGGGACCAGAAACCAAUGGUUAAUCGGAAAAGAGAAGUAGCGCCUUUCGACUGUCAUAGUCUUCACGUUGCGGUUGAGGUGUUUACACCAUUGUAAUGAGGAAAUAUGAACUCCGAAUAGCAUAACAUCUCCCUUGUUUGAAGCUCUAUGUUCUGUAGGAUUGGCAGUGUAAGAUCUCUGCUGGCACAAUGAGAUGAAUUCUGCUCUGUAAUCGCUUACUAUAUGUUGUAGUAGGUUAGAUGCACUGUGUCUGAUUAACAAAGACUUUGACCUAACUAUUGGCAACUAGUUGCAACAUUUUUGGCAUUAUUGAAUUGGGGCGACAAGAUGAGAUGAGCUUAUCCAAUUCUAAUGAGCAGUGGAUUUCGUUAUUUGAUGAACUGAACUGAUUCAGGUAAGUAGUGCUCAUAGUAACAUGCUUGUAGCUAUAUUUGCAUUGUGGGAAUCCUUGUGGAGUUCCUGUGGUUGAUGAAGAGGACGGGGUUCUGUUAUGGCAUAAUUUGUUCUGUCCUUUUUCUUAAGCUGGGUUCAUUUGGCUGGAUACUUUUAAUUUUCAUUAUACUACUAUAAUUGCUUGGUUCUAGUCAGAGCAUUCACCAUCUGACCAUUCCUUUCAAUUCUUUGUUUCUCACAGGCGGACACGUGCAGUGUUCAGUGCUGCUCUUUCAGUCCACCAGAAUAUACAACAGAGAGACUUGGAAGUAGGCAGGAACGUCGGCAACUGGAUUCUCCGAUGGCUCGAUAGGAUGAAGCCUUCUGCUGGGAUCCGCCCUCACGAUCAAGUCACGUCAUCAAAUAUACGAAAGAUAACUCAGUCAAGCAGCAGCGCCAAUAACCUAAAGAAUUCAUCGGGCAGCGUCCAGUCAUCCAGAAAUGGUGAAUCAUCCAACAGGCAUCUCUUCUCUUCCUAUAGAGCCACAUGGUCUAAGCCGUUCCCUACUAUCGCAAUGAUGAUCAGGCCGCCAAGACCUGCUGGAACUACGACACAGUACAGGCACCUCAAUAGCUGGACAGGUCCUGAGAUGUUCGGACGAAGCCCUGUGAUCGGCACAAGUGGUUUCGGUGGAUUGCUGAGGAAGGAUGUAAUGCAGUAUCUACUGCAGAACUGAAAUAUGGAAAUGCAAGUGAUCAUUGCAAGAUUUCUGAUGAUGGUUCGACUGGCUUAGGUAAUAGCUUCCAUCUCUCAUCUGUUUGAAGAAUAAUGGUUUCUUGUAGCCUUUUGGUACCCGGGGCAGUGAAAUCAGACUAUGCAAUAUCCCCUUUUUUCUCUGUACAAACUGGUGUCCAAAGUGUUGAUCGUUAUAGAUCCACUGGUAUGUAGCACAUCCAUAGUUUGAACAUCAAAAGCUUUUGUGACUGUUGUUUAGCACUCUGUAACAAUGUCGCUGAAAUUUCAA